AUGGCAUCUACAUCGAUUGCUCCUGACACCACUACAUUCAUGGAUCAACGACAAUACCCUCUCUUCAGCACUCCUCGCGAACUCCGGGAUCACAUCUACGAAUAUUACACGUAUGACGAAGAAGGUCUGGCUUACGACUACGCCUCGAGAACUCUGAAAUACGCUGAUAGCAGAGAACUCGAGUUUGCUUAUACAUGCAAGCUCGUGGCAGAUGAGAUGCGCGGGGUUCAUCUUCGUACCAACGUCAUUACAUUCACUCCCAGCUGCGCACAGAGCAAAGAAGAGACUGAGCUCGGGUUGCGCCCAAGAGCUGCUCGGUUUGAGCAUUUGCUGCAUAGUACUCGCUUGACUCAAAUGGCCAUGCUCCAUCACGCCAUCGAAUGCGUCACCGAGGACGAUAUUGAAAAGGUUGAACAGGCAUAUCCAUCAAUCAGCAGCGCCUUCUGGUCUUCCUUGGGCGCAAUCCGAAAUGGUUACGAAUUAAGGAACUUGGAUUCCCACUCUAGGAGCAUGUCAAGAGACCUAUUUAUAGCAUCAUUUUGUGAUGCUGUACAAUACACUCUUGACCUUGUCUCAGCCCACCCACGGUUUAAAGAACUCGUGUCAAAGGCAUGUGAACUAGCAGAACCCCACCCUUGGGGAAGACCGCCUUUCAAGAAGGGGUCGCAUCGACAGGUCCUUGCAUGGCGGCCUCAUUUGUGGCAAAUUCCCAGCUUGGACGAGCUUUCUUGCAUGGAAGACGCUUACGUGGAUCCCUAUUACACCGAAACUUCACUGAGGAGAUACCUAAUCAGUACCAGAGAACUUGGCGAUGGCGGCGUAAGAUACUACUUCUCGGCAACCGCUAUAUGUAUCGCAACACUGGAUCGGCUUCCAUCUAGCGUUCGUAAGCAACUGCGUUCCAUUGUUCUCCAAGAAGACUGCAGAAGUGUCGGCAAUCCCGAAGUCCACGCCGAGGGACUCGUUCCGUACUAUACCGAAACCCCUAACAUGCGCAUCCACAUGCAAACAGGAUUGCACACCAUGCUUGCUCCAACUUUUUGGACCAAUGCGCGCGCAGAAUCCCCCUCUCCAGAUGUUGUUACAUGUGGUAACCUGCAUCAUUAUAUACGUAUUCUGAUCGAUUGGCUCUUACGAACAUUCACAUUGUCAUCGCAUGGAAUGCCAGCAGGAUCAUUUGUCGCAACCCUUGAUAUCCGUUCAAAAGAAGCUGCUUCCACAUGGGAAUACUUAGAAAGAGCUGCAGGUGCAAGAGUAUUCUUCCCACAGGCUGACAGCGACAUGGUGGGUAUGAACAGGGCUGAUGCGAUUCCCGGUUUAUCACAAAUGUUUGGAUGGAUAGGCCGCCUUCCUGUUGGUAACUCUUCUGUCAUUGUAGACAUAAAGAAUAAAACGUCUGUGAUUCAACUUGAUGCUGCUGCUGAUCAGCAGCCACAGUAUGAUGCUGGUCCGGCUAGCCCUCACUCAUUGUGGACGAUUUGGGAUUGGCUCGAUAUCUACAGGCCAGCGUCUUUUAUAAGAACCGUUUUCUACCCAGCUGACUCGAACGCAUACUUCAAGACAUAUCUCGACGAUAGAAUUCGAAGGAAACUCUGGUCUGAGGUACUUUAG